UAAGCACACAACACACAGGAAACUUUUUAAAGGUCCAGACUCGAUAUCCACAGCAAAAGGCAGGCUGCUGCAGCAAGCAGCGCAAGCAGCAAGUCUCAAGUCUCUGCCUCCUCCUCUGUCUCCAGCCCUCUGACCUCUUUAUUUGUGAGGAAUUUUUUUAGCCAGUAAAACAUCUCAGAAGAAUGGAUUAAUUUCCACAGGGAACCUGAGGAAGAGGUGUGACCCUCGCAAGCUAUCCCACUUGCUGUCACAAACACAAGGAGAUGGACUUGCAAGUUCUUCUCUACCAUUAGUAAAGGCCUGCUAAAAGCCAUCUCUCCGCCGAGAUUUAAAUAUCAAAGCAGGCCCCUGGAGUCAUGGCUCCCAACAGACCCCCAGGCAGGAGAAGCCAAUGCCCCUAACCCUGCAGACCCUCAGCUGCUGCUGUCCUUUGGAAGUUGGGCUUAGGGAGCUGGAGGUUUGCUUUGGUUUGGUUUUGAAAACGGUUUAUCUGAGUCACUCUGUAGCUCAGGCUGACCUCGAACCUACAGAGAUCCCCCUGCCUCUGCCGCCCCGAGCGCUGGGAUUAAAGGUGUGCAGCCCAGAGUUGUUUAAAGAGUAUUGAGGUUCAGGCUCCCCUUCCUCUUCCUUCCUCCUUUACUCCUCCUCGACUCCUCCUUUUCCUCCCCUAUUUCCUCCUCCUUCUCCCCAAGUCUUCCUUGGCUCCUCCUCAACUUCUCCUCACCAUCUCCUCUUCAACUCUUCCUACUCCUCGACGACGACUCCUCCUUCUCCUCCUCCUCCUCCUCUUCUUCCUCCUCCUUGACUCCUUGACUCAUUGGCCUCCAGGGGUCACACCUACAUUCAGAUGCUUCCCAGAGAGUCAGAAGAGGCCAGAGAAGGCAGAUUCCGGCCCUUCCCCGUCCCUCAACCUCCUAAGGCCUCAGAGGUGACAGUAGAUCCAAGGUGGGGGCCAGCCCUUUGUUGGGUAGCUUCACCUCUAGCUUUGUGUGUGUGUGUGUGUGUGUAUGUGCGCCCAGGACCUGUGUCUACCUGGCUCCAUGCCUGGCUUCCAGGCGCAGGCUGCCAUCUCUGGCUCCCUGUGGGUCAUGGCGGAUCUGAACUCGGGUCCCCGUGCUGGUCCAGCAAGCGCCCAUCCUAACCCGCCUUCCGCCUCCUCCCCUACUCUUUCCACCACAGAGUGUUCUCAGCCUACAUCAAAGAGGUGGACAGGAACCGGUCAGCACCCUGUGGGGCAGCAAGAUGCCCUUCGGCCAGCUGAUGGCAGAGUUUGGCGGCGGCGGCUGGGUACACGGCUGCAGCUUCUCGGCCAGCAGGAGUCACCUGGCCUGGGUCAGCCAGGACAGCACGGUGUCGGUGGCCUACGCCUCCAAGAGUGUGCAGGUGUCGACUCUGAAGACGGAGUUUCUGCCACUGCUCAGUUUGUCCUUCUCGGAGAACAGCAUCGUGGCCAAGCCAGGUGUCCAUUUACAAGGUGGACAAGCAGGACAGUCGCAAAUUAUGUACCACUGGCAUCGACGGGGCCAUGAUGAUCUAGGAUUUCAAGGAACCUGGAGGCCAACAUGGGUGUUGAUAUCCUCAUAGGAGCUACAGGUCAAUAGAGAGCGAUUUGUCCCUUUUGUUGGAGCAAGGAAAAUGGCUAUUUUGCUGGACCAGAUCUUUUACACAAAUUCUUGAUGAAUGCUGUUUUUGGUCGAGACCUGUCCCAGGAGAAUCCAUAUUUACCCACAUGGAGGCCUAUGAGGAGUUCACCACUGAUGGAAUAUACCAAACCUUGCUAUGCCAAGACCCCAUAAAACACAGAAGACCUAGAACAAGAAAAAAACAACAUCUCUCCUUGUUCGAUGAUGUUUUGGAUGGGUCUAAUAACCUGUGAGUAUGUCCCUCAUGCCUGCCAUACUAUUAGAGGCUACACUUUGAUUAGACUUUACUGUACAAAAAUAAAAGUUUUUGAUUUA